ACAAUAACAAACAACGUCACGGCGACGGAGAAGGCAGGCAGAGGCGAGUCUGCAAAGGCAGCGAGAUGAAGACACGUAAAAUAAAAUGGAGAGGCAAUUUUUCUAUGUAAAAUACACCCAGAAUCUGAAGAACCUCGUGAGAAACGCGGAGGGGGAAGACGGCUCGGCGCAGACCGAGAGGCCGAAGACCUUGUUUGAAGAGAUCCGUGCCUCGGUCAGGAACUGUGAUGAGCAGGACCGGUCAUUCUGGAGGCCUGUCCUUCCCUGGGGUGGCGUUUACACCAUCAAGGCAGGGCGCAAAGCCAUCUCCUGCACCCCGCUGUACGUGAAGAUCAACCUGAACAACACCUGCACCAUCGACGGCUUCCUGAUGCUGCUCUACGUGAUCCUGAGGGAGAACGAGACCUUCCCGCGAGAGGUGUCUGUUUACCUGGGCAAGGAGUUCAUCGAGCACUUCCUGUUCCUAAUGGACUCCUACAACUACACCACGGUCAAGCUGCUGUGGAUCUGGGACAAGAUGGACAAGCGUCAGUACAGGUCGCGGAUUCACAGGGCAGCGCUGGAGAUCGACCUGUUCGGGAACGAGCACGAGAACUUCACCAAGAACCUGGAGAACCUGAUGGCCACCCUGCAGGAGAGCUUCUGCAGCAGCUGGGACUGCCCCGCGCGCCUCCAGGAGAGCCUGCAGUGGACCAUCAGCAUCAACCCUCCACACGGAAUGCCCCACGGUGACCUGAUUCAGUCUGCAGUGGAUGAAUUCUUCUGCCCGAAAAUAGUGCUCUGCAAGGAAAUGGGGUGUGACGGACAGCGGGAACUCUCUCAGAGGAUGUUCUGCCACGGCCCGCCUCCGUUCGUCAUUUUAAACAUGCAGCUGUGGAAGUCCGAGGAGCUGGCCUACAUCCCUUAUUACUUGGCUUUAUCAGACCACAGGUAUUUACUGGAGGGCGCCACACUGUUUAACAAAGAGGAGCACCAUUACUCCGCGGCGUUCCAGAUUGACGGCUGCUGGAUGCAUUACGACGGGCUUCGAAGCAACAACCUGGUCCUGCUGAAUAAACCCCCCGAGCUGCUGCUCCUGUCCUCGCUGGUCUACAUCCGAGCGACGGAGAAGUGACUCUGACCUGGAGGAGGGGGAGGACGACGAUGGAGCUGCAGGAAAAAGGGAACAGCUUUGCAAAAACUGAAAGAAAAAGACAGUCUCCCGGUCUUCAAAAUCAUAAAACGGCUAUCUUUCACAUGCUUGGAAUCCAAGAAUUUAUGUACGGACUAUAAUAGUUCUAAAUACAGGUGAUAACGGUGCUUUAUGCUUUAACUUUCUGCGUUCAGGAUGAUUUGAGAAGGAGAUCCCUCGUGAUAUAAAACAGAAACUCUUGUAUUAUCCACUAGUCUGGAAACAAGCAGGUGUUAAGAUCAGAGUGGUUUUGGACACUCAUUACAAACUUUAAAGUUUAAAUCAUGUUCUUAACGUCAUCGUGUGGUCUGUUUUGAAUAAAGCACUUUCAUUUUGAAAUACAGAACGGAGUUUGGCUGAAUAGUACAUCUUGAAAUUACUGUUCCCUGACACAACCCAUAGCAAUUUCAGCCAUUCCUUUGUGAUCCUUAAUUCAAUAUCAGUUGUCUCUUACUAAAGUCCUUAAUUAUUAUACUCUUCAUGUUCUUGGCAAUAAACCAGCAUACUUAAUGUUUUUGGUUUUUUUUCUGGAGAUGUGUUUAGCCAGUUCCAGAGUCUGGAGGUAGAGGGCGUGCCGUCAGCCAUUCAGACAAGUUGCUCAGAUAAACCCGUCUGCCUCACUCUAGUCCUUUUGGAUCGGUUGGCAUCCUUCUCCAGUGCGGUCCUUUACACGGCAGAAGCAGUUAUAAGAAGCCGUGGUCACGGCUCCUGUUUGUGCACUAACCCCAUUGUGCUGGCAGUUUCAAUAGCACAGUCUCGUAACAAUGGGUUAUACAGAGGGGGUGCUGACCUGCUCUGAGCCGUCUCCUGAAGAAAACAGCGUGUGCUCUGAGCUGUGUUCACACAAACCUCAACGUGCGCACUAAAACCAGCUUGGAUUUUUAAAUGAAAUUUACAACGCUAUACCAGACCACGUCUAGGCAAGUUAGUAAUCUGUUAAAUAUAGCUGGAUAGGAACAAAUCAAAUAAAAAGUAAACGAUUGUGGGCAUUGUGGGAUCUUGUUUUUCACUGGUAUUUGCUAAUGUAUCUAUGCGCUGCUGGGAGGGGAGGGAGUUCAGGAUAAACGCCACUGAGCUCUUUUCUUGCUUCCAUCAUGUAUGUCUCUCAUCUCUCCCAUGCAAACUUCACACUAACAGAGGCCGUGUGACAGGCCUGGCGAUUUGUAUUUCAGCAGUGAAAAAAAAUGAGAAAGUAAAAAAUAACAACAACAAAAAAACCCAUUGGACACAUUGAAAGUCAACUAUGCAGUUACUUACAUAUAGAUAUAUAUUUUGUAAAGUAUUUUUGUACACAUGCUGUCUGUAAUAAAUUACUUGUUUGAAU